CGCACCGUCGUCGUCGUGUCAGAAAAAUAGCCUCAUCGCGAAGAAAGAGCCGUCGUCGUCCCUCCCGUCGUAUCAUUAAUCAUCGUCGUCAAUCGCAAGAGAAGGAAAAAUCUCCAUUUGGGAAAAGUGUUUUCGCGAGCUUCGAAUUUGAAAUCGCGAUUGAUAGUAAUUACUGGUGCGGAUAAUCGUGAAUUGAUUACGAUUUCGCGACGGUCGUGCUACGGAUUUGUGAAUAAAAAGAUCGUGCCCCUGUGUGUGUGAGCGAGGAAUAAGAAGAAAACAGUUUCAAGUGCGGAAUCUGUUCUGAGGUUCAGGAGGAUUUACGUUGCUGCUGCCUGGAUAUUCUUUUUGUUGUCUGGAUCGAAGUACAGGAGCAGCUUGCGAAGUGAAGGAAGGAAAUGUCCGCAUCCGCGAUGAGUCCCGAAUACGACUAUCUGUUCAAACUGCUGCUGAUUGGCGACUCGGGAGUGGGAAAGUCUUGCCUUCUGUUGAGAUUCGCCGACGACACAUACACGGAAAGCUAUAUUAGCACAAUCGGUGUAGACUUUAAAAUUAGAACCAUUGACUUAGAUGGCAAAACAAUCAAAUUGCAAAUUUGGGACACCGCCGGACAGGAGCGCUUCCGUACGAUAACGUCAUCGUACUACCGGGGCGCACACGGUAUCAUCGUGGUGUACGACUGCACCGACCAGGAAUCCUUCAACAACGUCAAAACGUGGCUGGAGGAAAUCGAGCGCUAUGCCUGCGAAAACGUCAACAAGCUGCUGGUCGGCAACAAGUGCGAUCUGCAGACAAAGAAGGUCGUCGACACGACUACGGCUAUGGAAUACGCAAGCCAACUGGGCAUCCCAUUCCUGGAGACGUCCGCUAAGAACGCCACCAACGUUGAGCAGGCAUUCAUGACGAUGGCAGCGGAAAUCAAGAAUCGCGUUGGGCCACCGUCGAGCGCCGCGGAAGCGCCCAGUGCCGUCAAGAUCGACAAGAGCCGCAGCGUCGAGUCCAAGUCCGGCUGUUGCUGAACAGCUUGAACCUUUGUUGUUCUCAGUUUCUCUUGUAUAUUUCCCCCAAUAAAAAAAAAUGAGAAUGCGUUUUGCAGUGAAGAUAACAACAACAAGAACAAUAGGCUUGUCUGCUUCUUCUGAUGAACUAAAACUAUUGUGCACUACUACUACUACAAUUACCUAGUAUCUUAUAUCGAAAUACUACAACUUAUUAGAACACUACCAUUAUCCGAUUCUUCAUUCGAAAUGAUCAGAACCCAAAUGCCCCUUAACUCCUCGUAUCCAAAAGCAGACCGGGACACGCGUCACGACCGGAUGGGCGAGAGGAGGACGAUUCUUCAAGCAUGAUGAGAAACGCGUUGAGGCAGCAGACAUGAAGCGAAAUAGAGGGAUAACCAGUUUAGUGUAUGAUUUAACCCAAGAUCUAUUUAGAAGCAUGAGAGGAAGUUAUAGCAAAGCAAGAUAAUGAGAAAGGCAGAGAGAAGAAAUGCUAGUAUAAGAAAAAUAAUUAUUCAUUAGAGGAAAUACUUUUACUAGAAAGAACCAACCAAGAGGGAAGAAAAAUGAGUAGUUGAUAAAAAAAAAUGAUAACAGAGUAUGUAAACAUUUGUAACAGUCGCAAUCGCAAUGAUACUGGCGAUUGGAAAGAGACAAAAUAGACACAUACACACAUUCGGUCAGAAGGGAAGCAAGUAAUAAGAAAACCACAGCAGACGGAAUGGUUUGAAUAAAUUUGCAAUUUCGAUUAUGUUUGGCCAAAACGCUACUGGCUAUUAGCAAAUUCAGCCCACGGUGGUUGUUAUUUUCCACUGAAAGAAAGUUUCUGCUCGAUUUCCUCACGGAUCAAUCUAACAGAACAUGGCUCCAUAAGCUUACGUUCAGUUGCAAGGGUAGAUCAGCGGCGAAUUCAACUUUUAUCUAAAAAUUUCCUGCAAACCAAAAUACACUUGCAUUAUUCCACAAUAGAAGUUAGUAAUCAUUAGCGAAUAAUCAGUUUCAUCCUCUUGAUCGACUUUUCUAUAAUUAUCGUGAUUAUGAUUAGCCUUUUGUCUGUGAGCAGUUGUAACUCUGGUGAAACGUAUUGGUAAUUAAAAAGUGCAAGGUUUUAUAACCCAUAUCAAUUAUAUUUUACUGUAUUAUUCACAAGAAAAGGAAAUCUGGCCUCUUUUCUUCCUUCUUUUCUUUGUGUCUAAUAUUUUAGUUAGGCAAAAGAAAGAAUAUAUUUUGGAUUGGAUGUAUUUAUUCGUUUAAUAGUUUUCUUUUUCUAGUAGAAAAACGACAGAAAAAAAUGGUUAAAUAGGUUUAAUUAUUCCCUUUUUUCUCCGACAGAAGCAAUAUCAUUUUAGUAAAGUAAAUCCAGAAUGGAACUUCACAAACACAAUUUGCAGUAAAUCCAAGUUUUGAUUCAAUACGCACGCUCUAACAAGCAAUGCGGGCAUCGUUCACCACAAUGAAGCUUACUUUGAAACCCAAAGGUGUAAAACUAGAAGAAUGACAACAGCAACUAACAACAUCUACCAUUUGACGGAACCGGUAAAGUUACAGCAGAAGAAAAAUCGUAAAAAAUAAAAAAAAACUUCAAAAUUGAGUUUAGUA